ACUCACUUGGGUAUUUGCAUGAUAGCACGCAUGCGGUCACACUGCUACAUUUUGUUGCACUGCAGCCUCUUUUUAAUGUUUUAGUCCAAUAUUUAUGUAAAACAAAACGAGAAGUGCGUAGCACAUAAAUGUGCAUAAGGCAGUUAAAUAAAUAAUCAAGUUGAGUGCGCCAAGCCAAUAGCAAGACCGUCGUGCUGGAACACAUCGCCCCACUGGCAGAUUGACGAAAUUCAACAAGAUAUUUGAAAUACACAGAGAAAGCAAUGGACGUCGAGGAAAACUACGAGUCACAAAGCACAACAGAGACGCAGCCGCAGCAGGGACCGCAGCCGCAGAUGCAGAUGCAGAUGCAGAUGCAGCAGUCGCAGCAGCAGCUUCCACAGCAGCAACAGCAAAUGCAACUGCUGCAAGAUAUGCAAUGCGAGCCGCUGUUUGGCAUUACCACAAAUACAACAACAACCACAAAUCCAAUGAUGGACACUGGCAACAUUGCAAUACCGUUGCCAGCGCCGCCUGGGACGAGCCUCGUUCUGUCCGGACCAGUGCCAGCUGUCUCCUCAGCGUUACCAACACCCGCACAAGCAGCGCAGAUCAAGGGUCUCGGCGCGGCUCUUCCCACAAACGACUAUGAUAUUGACUCUCUGCUGCUGCAGCAAUUCAGUUGCAUGGGCACCACAGACCACGAGGAUCUGAUAAGUCAGUUCCAGAGCCUCAUGAAUAAUCAAAUGAAUCGCGAGUCGGCUCGUUUUUAUUUGGAAAUGAGCAACUGGAACUUGCAAACUGCCGUCGGUUGCUAUCUGGACUUUUGUAGCCUGCAGUCGUUGCCUUCUAUGAAGAUUGUGCAGGGCCAGCACGUGAAUGCCCAGCAGCAGGCAUUCCAGCUGCAGAACGAUGGCAACGAACGCUGGCCGAAUGGCUGCUAUUUAACAUCGCCAAUACAGACGCAACGCAUCAAUGUGCCGUCCUUGCGUCCGGGCGAAACUUGUGAUAUAUUGGCUGAUCUGAUGCCCACACAGCCGGCAAUUAUGUGGCGCCUGUGCACGCCCAACGGUUGGUACUUUGGCGAUGCCAUAUGGAUGAUACCGCCCGGCACACAGGCCAGCCAGGAUGAGCUACAGCAACGCAUGGUGCAGCUGAUCACCUCGGACGCGAAACCGGAGGUUUAUCCACAGAUCAAAAUAGUGAUAACUGCGCAUACACAAUGAGAAAGCGCCCACAUUUUUAUUUAAAUGUUCGCGUUGCGCUGCAUUUCAUUACGAAUUGCACAUCGUUAUUUCAAAUUUGAAACUAUUUAUACUGAUUUUGGCUAGCUUCAAUUCGGCCUUUGAUUCGAAUUCAAAACAUCCAAAAGAAACAAAACACAAAACUGUAUUUUUUUAUCGACGCAUUUGUAAUUCGAUUAGCAAACCGAAAAUUUCCCGUCGUAAAUUUUUUCCAGAAUUUGUAUGCGCGAAACGGUUCUAUGUUUAAGCGACAUGGUUUUUUUUUUGCCCCCCUCCUUUUGUCAAACCAAUCCUGUAACAAAUGUAGAUUUAAGUGUUUUAUUGAGCGAAAGAAAGAGAAACGAAGAAGAA